CAAAUCACAUUCCUACUACAGCUUUCUAAAGAGCUACACAAAUACCUUAUUCACAAAUUUAUAAAAAUAUCUAAAUAAUAUUUUUUGAGUUUUGGUAUUUUACACGAAAAAGUUUUCAAUGUAUAGAUCAACUUCAACAGACUCAUUGGCGUCCAUUGCGUCAUCAUCAUCGGAAGACGAAGACGAACCCAUGAAUGAAGAUGACUACACCACUGACCCGGGAUAUCUGAAUUUCUUGAGGGAGUUUCGUUCUCGUAAUGCUGACCUUCAUCGCCUGGAGGCGAUUCAGCGUGCUCCGAAAUACUGGUUGGCCUUAACGCCCGGAAAUAAAGCCCUGUACCGCUCAUUGGAAAAUAUUAUCGCUGUUCGCAGCGCGAACGAUUGUGAUGGAGACACUGGUGGGAUGUGCUGUCCCCAAAAGAAAAAGAAGCCGGCCUGUCCCAAAAAGAAGAGGCCAGCCUGUGCCAAGAAGCGCAAACCUGCGUGCCCCAAGAAACCAGCUUGCCCCAAGAAGCGCAAGCCUGCCUGUCGCCGCAAGCCCAAGCCGCGUUGUGGCAAGCGCCGCAAGAAGUGCAGCAAACCCGGCCCAGUGACCAACAAUGGGUAUCUGAAUUUCGUGAGAACUUACCGUAGGAAGCAUUGCAACUUGAAGCCAAAGGAUCUGAUCAUGAAAGCAGCUCGUGCUUGGUGCCGUUUACCGGAGAACAAGAAGGAUCGCUAUCGCCGUAUGGCCUGCAAAGUGUCUACAAGCAAACGCAGCAAACACCGCAGGGUGUGCCAAGGUACUCAAUAAUUCGUGAAUCAACAAUUCGGAGCAAACGAGAAGUAAAUUUCCAGUCUAUUGUCAAGUGGAUCAACAAAGUUUCGUCUUGUUUUAGCGUCUAAAUCUAAAUGUAAACUUUAAUUCUUUUGACCCAUAGCCUUGACCUUUGUCCAAAGAGUCGGCAAAAUUAAUUUUUUUUGAAUUUAAAUUUUUUGUGUUUCCAAAUAUCCUUAAGAAAAACCCGAUCGAUUUGAUGAAUUGUAAUGACCGCAGAAAUAAAAAAAACCACAAUAAGA